AUGAUGACACUGCGACGACACCUGUUGUUAGCCCUAUGUCUCGCUCUGUUUUGUGUGAUACAAUGGACCUACGGUUCCAAGUUGAAGAAACAGCAGGAGACGACCAUGAUGAAGUUCAUCAAGUUACUGUUCUUCAGGCUGAUUUACGGUUUCGCCAAUAUGAUCGGCUUGGGAGACGCUGCCGAAGAAUUCGGCGACGGGAUGCUGGCCCCUCCGGAUUACCGACAAGAAGACGCGGAGGACGACUAUUACGACGACAAUAAGAACGAUGAUUAUUACAGUAAUUACGGAGAGUAUUGA